CCUUCCGAGAUACAACGCGUUUGUUCGAGAUCGUAAAGAAACAUGGCGGUGGAAAUCGAGUCAGCAGAUGUUGUGAGGCUCAUUGAGCAGUACCUGAAAGAAAACAACCUCCUGAGAACCCUCUCCAUAUUACAGGAGGAGAGUGGGAUCUCACUGAACACAGUAGACUCGGUGGACAGUUUUGUGAGUGACAUUAACAGCGGUCACUGGGACACCGUGCUGCAGGCUAUACAGACGCUAAAGCUGCCCGACAACAAGCUGAUAGAGCUGUAUGAACAGAUUGUCCUGGAGCUGAUUGAGUUGCGUGAGCUGGGAGCUGCGAGGUCGCUGCUCCGUCAGACCGACCCCAUGAUCAUGUUGAAGCACAACCAGCCGGACAGAUACAUCCAUCUGGAGAACAUGCUGUCCAGGUCCUACUUCGACCCCAGAGAGGCUUAUCCAGAGGGACAAACAAAAGAAAAGCGACGUAAUGCCAUUGCAACAGCUCUCGCCGGUGAGGUGAACGUGGUGCCACCGUCUCGUCUCCUGGCGUUGCUGGGUCAGGCCCUCAAGUGGCAGCAGCACCAGGGUCUCCUGCCUCCAGGAACAACUAUUGAUGUGUUCCGAGGCAAGGCUGCAGUCAAGGAACAGGAGGAGGAGAAAUAUCCCACACAGCUCAGCAAGACAAUCAAGUUUGGUCAGAAGGCCCAUGUGGAGUGUGCAAGAUUUUCCCCCGAUGGUCAGUACCUAGUGACUGGGUCUGUGGACGGCUUUAUCGAGGUGUGGAACUUCACCACCGGCAAGAUCAGGAAGGAUUUGAGAUAUCAAGCACAGGAUAACUUCAUGAUGAUGGAUGAUGCAGUGUUGUGUAUGAGCUUCAGCAGGGACUCUGAGAUGCUGGCUACAGGGGCCCAGGAUGGAAAGAUAAAGGUGUGGAAGAUCCUGACUGGCCAGUGUCUCCGGAAGUUUGAGAAGGCACACAACAAAGGCGUGACCUCCAUCACCUUCGCCAGGGACAACAGCCAGCUCCUCAGUGCUUCCUUUGACCAGACCAUCAGAGUACAUGGUUUGAAAUCAGGUAAAACGCUGAAGGAGUUUAGGAGCCACACAUCAUUUGUUAACGAUGCAGUGUUCACACCUGAUGGCCAUCAUAUUAUCAGUGCAAGUUCCGACGGUACAGUGAAAGUGUGGAAUGUCAAGUCAACAGAGUGCCAGAGCACCUUUAAGUCCCUUGGGGGUACAACCGGUACCGACAUCACAGUGCACAGCGUCCACCCGCUGCCCAGAAAUGUGGAGCAGUUUAUUGUGUGUAACAGAUCCAACACUGUCGUCAUCAUGAACCUGCAGGGCCAGAUUGUGCGUAGUUUCUCCAGUGGUAAGCGAGAGGGUGGAGACUUUGUGUGUGCGUCGCUGUCCCCCCAUGGGGAGUGGAUAUACUGCGUGGGGGAGGACAUGGUGCUCUACUGCUUCAGUGUUACCACCGGGAAGCUUGAGAGAACUCUCACAGUUCAUGAAAAGGACGUUAUUGGCAUCUGUCAUCAUCCUCAUCAAAACUUGAUAUCAACAUAUUCCGAGGAUGGACUUCUCAAAAUGUGGAAACCUUGAUCUGGGUGUCACGUGUGUAUCUGUUCUCCGAGGUGGGGAGAUUUCCAAUUUCAAUGACGCCUUGUUAACAGGAACUGUGGCUGCUUGCUUCAACAUUCGCAACAACACAAUGAGAUGUCCAAUCUGUUGGACAGAUUCUGUGAUUGAUAUCAGAAAGCUGUUUCUGUUAUUUUUAAUUGAAACUAUGGAUCAUGACACUUCAGACAAGUAUUCCACGUCAUUUCGGAAAGCUUGAAUUCUCUAAAUAUAUGUUCAUGUAUUUCUGAAAAAUAUGGUCCAAAUUUAGUCCUUUUGUCAACUGCCCAGAGUGUAUGUGUCGAAACCAUAUGCAUGGCUGAUAUAUGCUCAGUAUCAAAGACAUCAUUCAGUCAGUCGACUUGAAGCAAGAUGUGCCAAAAUACUAUCAAUAUACAUUUUGUUAUUCAUCUGUAAACAUCAAAACUGAAAUUAUGGUGGUUGGGGGUUUGUAAGUAUUACUGGUAUGAUCAUGAUUUGGAUUACUGGUUGGAAUCAGCAGGAAAUUAUCAUUUAAGAAAGAAAGUAGGAAACGUCUUAUGAAGAGGAAAAUAUAAUUAUGUGCAGACUGUAAUUGAAUAUACUCAUAAAAUAGACCACCAUGUCUUAUGGAAGGAACAGAUACAAGCCUGUUACACAAAGUGAUCUUAGCGCUAAGGUGGUCGCAGCUCCCAUACUUUAUCAUAGGCCUGUGAUCUUUGUGGCGCUAAGAUCGCUUUGUUCUACAAGGCCAUGGUCAUUAUCUUGAGACCUUUUGACCAAGUUUUGUGAACCAAAUGAGUGUCCAAGUUAGAAAUAAGGUUUGAUUGCAAUAAACUUGCUCUGACAAACUGAGCUAUUAAUCACUCAUCGUGCAUAGUAUGUCUCAGGUCGCUCAUACAGCCCACAUCUUACGUCAUAUUACUCCUUGCAUUAUAUGGAUUGCCCUGAGAUCAGUUGGCGUAUAAUCUGCAAUUCAUAGUAGGUUGUUAGUUAUUAGUGUCUUUGUGGCCGAUACAUUGAUGACAUUGGUGGCUCCUGAUAGGUAGAACUUAUAGAAAACUUAUCCUUCUCUAUGAAACUGACUUGAAGGUGAUAGAUUUCCUCUUUUCGAAGACACAAAAUAUGAGUUCUCACUCCGUCAGAGCUGCCAACUUGACUACAGUGAUAAUUAUUUACUGAUCACAGGAGAUUAUUCAGGAAACAUUUUGAUAUAGACAUACCGUAUUCGACGUAAUAAGCGCCCUGCUCUGAUAAGCGCCCACAGCGAUAUUUGCUAAUAUAUUGGCUAGUGAACAAUCCCAAUUAGCACCCCUUCCGAUUGAUCAAUGUACACACGACUUAUUUAUUUCCAUAUAAUACUCACUCGAGUGUUAUAACACCCUUAAUCAUGGGCAAUUAAAUUCUUGAAAAAUGUAUCUGUCUGUAUAAACAUUUCAGGCUGUCAGCAUAAACAACAAAAUUUAUCUUUCAACGCUGUUUUUUUUCGCCAAAAUAAUAUUCUAACAAGAGCCCCUAUUUCUAAUUUUGAUAGCUCCCUGGGCUAUUAUUACGUCGAAUACAGUAAAUUGUAACUUCAAAGACUUUCAUCCCUGUCCAUCUCCAGAUGUUGCUGAUAUCAUUAGCUUUUACCAUCAUGGGACAAUAAACUAUUGAAUGGA